AAUGGUAAGAUUCCAAAUCCAGUUGUUCUUGACGACUAGCAUGGCGUUUUUGUCUCAACUGACAAAAACAUCUGGCAAAGGCGUGUGUAUUUGCAGUUCCUUUAUUUUCUCUAGCCUUUCUUGGAUGAACUUGCUAGCUUGCACACUCAGAGUUUCUGGCCCAUUAGUAUAUCUUGUACGCAAUGUUCCAUACAUUUCGGCAAAAGAAGUUGAAAAGGUAAUGACUUUGCCUAACUUUUGUAUCUUCUGCCACAGUUGUUGCAAAAGUACUUGACUUCCUUUCCUCUGCAAAAUUGCAAUCUUCAGAGUUCAGAUGCUUUCUCUCAUUCCUCUGCAAAAAAAAUCAGCAUAGUUGCAGCACGAACUGAAUUUCUUAGUUCAGUUGAUGAACAGCAAGUUUGAGUGACACCAUGAAACACACGACAUCGGAGUCGGACGUGACGAGCCUCGCGACGACGUCGCCACCACGGACCCCCAAGACCCCGAAGCGGCCAGCGUACUACGUGCAGAGCCCGUCGCGCGACUCCCACGACGACGGGGACAAGUCGUCGACGACGCAGACGACGCCAGUGUACAACAACAGCCCCCUGGAGUCCCCCUCGCACCCGUCCACCGGCCGGCAUUCCAGGAUCUCCUCGGCCACCCGCUUCUCCGGGACCCUCCGGUCGUCGUCGCCCGGCAGCAGGGCGGGCCGGAAGCGGCUGAGCUCCAAGGGGUGGCGUGAGGUCGACGCGAUCGACGAGGAAGGCGCGUAUGAUGAGCUUGAUGAGGACCGAGAGCUCCCGAGGUGCUGCGUCGUCGCCUUCUGGCUCUCGGUUUUGGUUCUGGCGUUCACCAUGGUGUGCCUCGUCGUCUGGGGCGCUGCUCGGCACUACAAGCCCAGUGUAAUUGUCAAGAGCUUGACAGUGCAUAACUUCUAUGCCGGAGAAGGCACAGACCGCACCGGUGUGCCGACGAAGCUGGUCACACUGAACUGCUCACUGAUGAUAAGUGUUCACAACCCUUCUACAAUGUUCGGCAUCCAUGUUUCUUCAAGCUCGAUUCAGCUCAUGUACUCGGAGAUCGCAAUCGCCAACGGUCAGUUUGACAAGUUUUACCAGCCAAGGACCAGCCAUCGCGUCGCCUCUGUGCUUCUGCACGGCGAGAAGACACCUCUUUACGGAGCCGGCGCUACUCUCGCUUUGGCCAACACCGGAGGCACGGUGCCAUUGACACUAGAAUUGGCAGUCAGAACUAGAGGGUAUGUGAUCGGUAAGCUUGUAAGGGUGUCACACGCAAAGCGUGUGAAAUGCCCGGUUGUUAUCGAUUCCGGCAGCUCCAAGCCAGUUAGGUUCAGUCAGAGUGCUUGCAGUUACACUUGAGGUAGGUAGUAGCUUAAGAUAGAGAGGGAACUCAUCUUCUUCUUCUUGGGCUCAAUAAUGUUUGUGAUUUCAUGUAGAUAAUUAGUCCGUUCAUGACCUGAUCAAGAUCAACCAAACAAAUGUGCAGUUUCCUGGUACUCUAAAAAAUAUGCAGUGCUGACAUCUGCUGCAAACAUG